ACCACCUCUCCCACACGCAUCCACCCCGCCUCGCCCUCGCGCCGCCUCACACUGCCCACCGCGGCCAGGCCUGCGCGAACCAUUCCCUCUCUGCAGCUCUUCGCUGGCCGAUCUGCGCUGCCUGCUGCUGCGCCUCGUCCCGCGUCCCCUGCCCGCCGGCGGCGCGCUGCCCCGUCCCGUCGCCGCACGGUCCUGCCCCGUUCCCUGCACUCCGGCCUCCCCGGCACGCGGCCCGACCACUCGCCACGAUGGGUGACAAGCCCAUCAACUUCUCCGAGCAUGUGCAGCUCACCGCGCUCGGCAUCCAGGCCGAGUCGAUCAGCUUCGCCAAUGUGACGAUGGAGUCGGAGCAGUUCGUCUGCGUGCGCGAGAGCAUCAACGGCCAGAACUCGGUGGCCAUCGUCGACCUCAACGACAGCUCGAAUCUCAUGCGCCGGCCCAUCACGGCAGACUCGGCCAUCAUGAACCCGGUGCAGAAGAUCAUCGCGCUCAAGUCGGCGCGGCAGCUGCAGAUUUUCAACAUCGAGGCCAAGGCCAAGGUCAAGAGCCACCUGAUGCACGAGGAUGUCACCUUCUGGAAGUGGAUCUCCAACACGACGCUCGGCGUCGUGACCGAGGGCGCCGUGUACCACUGGUCGAUGGAGGGCGACGCCGCGCCGGCCAAGAUCUUCGACCGGCACGCGUCGCUCGCCGGCGCGCAGAUCAUCAACUACCGCGUCUCGCCCGACGAGAAGUGGGUGGUGCUGAUCGGCAUCAGCGGCAACACGGCGCCCGGCGCGUUCCGCGUCAAGGGCAGCAUGCAGCUGUACAGCCGCGACCGGGGCGUGUCGCAGCCCAUCGAGGGCCACGCCGCGAGCUUCGCCGAGCUGCGCACCGACUCGGCGCCGAGCCCGUUCAAGCUGUUCACGUUUGCCGUGCGGACGGGCACGGGUGCCAAGCUGCACGUGGUCGAGAUCGACCACCAGCAGGGCAACCCGACGUUCACGAAGAAGGCAGUCGAUGUGUUCUUCCCGCCGGAGGCCACCAACGACUUCCCCGUGGCCAUGCAGGUCAGCAAGCGCUACGGCAUCGUCUACCUCGUCACCAAGUACGGCUUCAUCCACCUGUACGACCUCGAGUCGGGCACGUGCAUCUACAUGAACCGCAUCUCGGGCGAGACGAUCUUCGUCACCGCCGAGCACGAGACGACGAGCGGCAUCAUCGGCAUCAACCGCAAGGGCCAGGUGCUGAGCGUGUCCGUCGACGAGAACACGAUCAUCCCGUACAUCCUGCGCACGCUCAACAACACGGAGCUGGCGUUCAAGCUCGCGUCACGCGGUAACCUGCCGGGCGCCGACGACCUCUACAUGCAGCAGUUCCACUCGCUCUUCAGCACGGGCCAGUUCGGCGAGGCGGCCAAGAUUGCCGCCAACUCGCCGCGCGGCAUCCUGCGCACGACGCAGACGAUCGAGCAGUUCAAGCAGGUGCCGAACCAGCCCGGCACGCUCUCGCCCAUCCUGCAGUACUUUGGCAUUCUGCUCGAGAAGGGCUCGCUGAACAAGUACGAGUCGCUCGAGCUCGCCAAGCCGGUGCUGGUGCAGGGCCGCAAGCACCUGCUCGAGAAGUGGCUCAAGGAGAACAAGAUCGAGUGCAGCGAGGAGCUCGGCGACAUUGUGCGCCAGCACGACAUGAACCUGGCGCUGAGCGUGUACCUGCGCGCCAACGUGCCGAACAAGGUCGUCGCCUGCUUCGCCGAGACGGGCCAGUUCAACAAGAUCGUGCUGUAUGCCAAGAAGGUCGGCUACUCGCCCGACUACGCGGCGCUGCUGCAGCACAUCGUGCGCAUCAGCCCCGAGCAGGGCGCCGAGUUUGCCAGCAGCCUCGUCGGCGACGAGGCCGGCCCGCUCGUCGACAUUGAGCGCGUGACGGACAUCUUCAUGUCGCAGAACAUGAUCCAGCAGGCCACGAGCUUCCUGCUCGACGCGCUCAAGGACAACAAGCCGGAGCAGGCGCACCUGCAGACGCGCCUGCUCGAGAUGAACCUCGUCAACGCGCCGCAGGUCGCCGAUGCGAUCCUCGGCAACGAGAUGUUCACGCACUACGACCGCCCGCGCAUCGCCAACCUCUGCGAGAAGGCCGGCCUGCUGCAGCGCGCCCUCGAGCACUACGAGGACGCCGCGGACAUCAAGCGUGUCGUCGUGCACUCGAACCUGCUCAACGCCGAGUGGCUCGUCGAGUACUUUGGCCGCCUGACCGUCGAGCAGAGCCUCGACGCGCUCAAGGAGAUGCUGCGCGUCAACAUCCGCCAGAACCUGUCGGUCGUGGUGCAGAUUGCGACCAAGUACGCGGACCUGCUGGGCCCCGUCAAGCUCAUCGAGAUGUUCGAGUCAUUCAAGAGCUACGAGGGCCUGUACUACUUCCUCGGCUCCGUCGUCAACCUCUCGACGGACGCCGAGGUGCACUUCAAGUACAUCCAGGCCGCCACGCGCACGGGCCAGAUCCGCGAGGUGGAGCGCAUCUGCCGCGAGAGCAACUACUACAACGCCGAGAAGGUCAAGAACUUCCUCAAGGAGGCCAAGCUGGCGGACCAGCUGCCGCUGAUCAUCGUGUGCGACCGCUUCGACUUUGUGCACGACCUCGUGCUCUACCUCUACCAGAACAUGCUCAUCAACUUCAUCGAGGUGUACGUGCAGCGCGUCAACUCGUCGCGCACGCCGCAGGUCAUCGGCGGCCUGCUCGACGUCGACUGCGACGAGGGCGUGAUCAAGAACCUGCUCGCCUCCGUCACGGGCCCCAUCCCCGUCGACGAGCUCGUCGAGGAGGUCGAGAAGCGCAACCGCCUCAAGCUCAUCCUGCCGUGGAUCCAGUCGCGCAUCGACGCCGGCGCGCAGGAUCAGCCGCUGUUCAACGCCGUCGCCAAGAUCUACAUCGACUCGAACAACAACCCGGAGAAGUUCCUCAAGGAGAACAACGCGUACGACCCGCGCGUCGUGGGCAAGUACUGCGAGAAGCGCGACCCGUACCUGGCGUACAUUGCCUACGCCAAGGGCUUCUGCGACGAGGAGCUCAUCGCCAUCACGACGGACAACACCAUGUUCAAGCACCAGGCGCGCUACCUCGUCAUGCGCCGCCAGCUCGACCUCUGGGCCACGGUGCUGCGCCCCGACAAUGUCAACCGCCGCCAGCUCAUCGACCAGGUCACGUCGACGGCCGUGCCCGAGUCGACGAACCCGGACGACGUCUCCGUCACCGUCAAGGCGCUCAUGGCCGCCGACCUGCCGCACGAGCUCAUCGAGCUGCUCGAGAAGAUCAUCCUCGAGCCGUCGAGCUUCAGCGACAACCGCAGCCUGCAGAACCUGCUCAUGCUCACCGCCGUGCGCACGGACAAGGGCAAGGUGAUGAACUACAUCGACCGCCUGGCCGGCUACGACGUCGGCGAGAUUGCCAAGAUCUCCAUCGACCACGGCCUGUACGAGGAGGCCUUCCGCAUCUUCAGCAAGGCCGAGCAGCACACGGACGCGAUGAACGUGCUCGUCGAGCACAUCGUCUCGAUCGACCGCGGCACGCAGUACGCCAACAAGCUCAACAAGCCCGAGCUGUGGAGCCGCCUCGGCAAGGCGCAGCUCGACGGCCUGCGCGUCAAGGACGCCAUCGACUCGUACGUCAAGGCCGAGGACCCGAGCAACUACGCCGAGGUCAUCGAGAUUGCCGAGCACGCCGGGCGCGAGGAGGAGCUGAUCCGCUUCCUGCAAAUGGCGCGCAAGAAGGCGCGCGAGCCGCAGAUCGACACCGAGUACGCGUACUGCCUCGCCAAGGCGAACCGCCUGUCGGACAUGGAGGAGUUCCUCGGCAUGACCAACGUCGCCGACAUCAUGAACGUCGGCGAGAAGUGCUUCAACGACGAGCUGUACGAGGCGGCCAAGCUGCUCUUCAGCAGCGUGUCGAACUACGCGCGCCUGGCCACGACGCUCGUCUACCUCGGCGACUACCAGUCGGCCGUCGAUGCGGCGCGCAAGGCGGGCAACACGAGCGUCUGGAAGCAGGUGCACGCCGCGUGCCUGACGAAGCGCGAGUUCAAGCUGGCGCAGAUUGCCGGCCUCGCCGUGAUCCCGCACGCCGAGGAGCUGCCGUCGCUGAUCCGCGCGUACGAGGCGCAGGGCUUCUUCGAGGAGCUCAUGACGCUGCUCGACGCGGCGCUCGGCCUGGAGCGCGCACACAUGGGCGUGUUCACCCAGGCGGGCAUUGCGCUGGCCAAGUACAAGCCCGAGCGCCUCAUGGAGCACCUCAAGCUGUACUGGAGCCGCAGCAACCUGCCGAUGCUCAUCAAGACGGCCGACGCGUGCCACCUCUGGAGCGAGCUUGUGUUCCUGCACCUCAAGUACGACGAGCCGGACAACGCCGCGCUCAUCAUCAUGGAGCACGGCGGCGUCGCGUGGGAGCAUGAUCUGUUCAAGACGAUCUUGCCGAAGGUGGCCAACAUCGAGAUCUACUACCGCGCGCUGUCCUUCUACCUUGAGCAGCACCCGCUGCUGCUCACGGACCUGCUCACUGUGCUCGCCGCGCGCAUCGACCACGCGCGCGUCGUGCGCCUGUUUGCGCGCAAGGACAACGACAACCUGCCCCUGAUCCGCGGCUACCUCAUCUCGGUGCAGCACCACAACAUCGAGCAGGUCAAUGACGCUCUCGCGGACCUGCUCAUCGAGGAGGAGGACUUCGAGACGCUCCGUGCCUCGAUCGACGGCUACGACAACUUCGACGCGAUCUCGCUGGCCCAGCGUCUGGAGCGCCACGAGCUGCUCGAGUUCAGACGGCUGGCGGCCCACCUUUACAAGACCCGCUCGCGCUGGACGGAGUCUAUCGACCUGAGCAAGAACGACAAGCUCUGGCGCGACGCCAUCGAGACCGCGGCCGUGUCGGGCGAGACGGAGGUGGCCGAGGGCCUGCUCAGCUACUUCGUCGACAUCGGCAUGAAGGAGGCCGUCUCGGCGGUGCUGUUCGCGUGCUACGACCUCAUUCGCGAGGACGUUGCCGAGGAGCUGUCCUGGCGGCACGCUCUGAACGACUACUUGAUGCCGUAUCGCCUGCAGCGCAUGCGCGAUCGCGACACGCGCUUCAAGGCGCUCGAGAAGGAGGUGCGCGAGCGCUCCAAGAAGGACUCAGAAAAGGAGCAGGCCGAGGACAACGCGCCGAUCCUUGGUCCCGGCAUGGGCGGCCAGCUCAUGAUUGGCGGUCCGCAAGCCACGGGGCUCAACGGGCCCCUCGGAGCGCAGCCGACGGGCAUGUACAUGAACGCACCCGUCGGCGGCAUGUACUGAUCCCGAGAAGCCG